AUGGGCUCCAGAGGUGGCGGAUUUAACGAGCAGUAUCGCUGCUACUCUGUCGCCAUGAUGCAAGGCAAUGAGCGUCAAAAUGUUAACCACGGUGGAAAGAUCAUUUUACCUCAGUCUGCCCUCGCCAAGCUCGCUUCUCUUCACAUUCAGUACCCAAUGCUGUUUGAGCUGACGCGUGGCUCUCAAUCCACACAUGCUGGUGUUCUCGAGUUCAUCGCAGAAGAAGGGAGGGUGUACCUGCCACACUGGAUGAUGAAAACACUCACACUCUCGGAAGGUGACCUGGUGACAGUCAAGAGCGUCGGCCUUCCAUUGGGAAGUUUCGUCAAAAUCCAGCCGCAGAGUGUCGAUUUUUUGGACAUUAGCGAUCCCAAGGCAGUACUUGAGAAUGCCUUGCGCAAUUUUUCAACGUUGACUGUCGGCGAUAACAUUGAGAUUUCAUACAACGAGAAGAUCUACGGAAUUUUGGUUAUGGAGAUUAAACCACCGGGAGUGGGCAUUUCGAUCGUGGAGACGGAUUUGGAAGUCGACUUCGCUCCACCUGUCGGUUAUCAGGAACCAGUGCCUGUGCCAAGAGGUCGACCCAUUAUGGUAUGA